AUGAGCGACUGGGAAAACGACGAAGAGGUGCAGCCUGUGGCCCGUGCUGUGGGCCGCCGCCGCUUUGAAGACGAGGACAAGGAGGAGGAGCCGGAUGACUGGGAUGCGGAGGAGGAAGAAAAGCCUAAGCCGGCCCCCAAGCCUGCGCCGAAGCCUGUCGUGAAGCCCGGCAAGGCGAAGAAGAACCUCGGCAAGGGCGCCGAGGUCAAUCGCCGUGGUGUCGCUGGCGAGGAGACUGGUCUCGAGGACUGGGACGGACCCGUGGACGAGGCCGAGCGCCGCCGUCGCGAGCGCGAGGCCGAGAUGAAGUCGGACCUUGAUAAUGCCGCCGCGCUCCUCGGCGACGCGAGCCUUUCGGAGCCGAAGGAUGAUGCGAAGCCCUCGGUGCCCGUGCCGUCGAGCGGCCUCGCCGGCGCGCAGCCCUCGACCAAGGCCGAAUGGGAAAAAUACGCCGACGAGGUGUACGAGAGCUUUAUCAAGCCCAAGGCCGGCCGUGCGGGCUUUGACAAAAACUUCUUCCCUCACUUCCUUGCGCUGCUCACCACGAACGGUCUGCGUGAUGUGGACAUGCGCAAGGGCUCGACCAAGCUGCGCGAGCUCGCCGAAAACAAGGUCAAGGCCGACCAGGAGCUGAAGCGCACCGGCGGCAACGCCAAGCGUCCGGUCACGAACAAGCCCAAGCAGGUGGGCACGUCGAGUGCCAAGAACACGGUCGACUUGGAGGCGUACGGCGGCGAAGCGCUCGACGACGACGACUUUAUGUAG